AUGCAAGGCGUGCUGGGGAAGUUUGGCGAUCACACCUGCCCCGCCCACCCCGUCCUGCUUAACGAGCUCAAGACCAACCUCGUGGGACACUUUGCAGACUCAAAGGAGGCCAGCGCGAAGAGCGCGGUUGAAAAUAUUGUCAAGGCUGAGCUCGGGUGGGUCUUCACCCAGGACCGGUCGUACGAAGACACCAUGCGUGACGUCCGCGAGAUAGCGAGCCUCGUCCGCAAGAGCAAGGUGGAACACGAGGCUACCGCUGGAACGGACAGCCAGACCAUCUUUGAACUUGCGAAGGAUGUGGGUACCAUCCCUGAAGCAUUCAUCUGGAACAUUGUAGACGCCCAGCCCAAGAGUGAGGACGACGCGAUCCGCGAUCUUCAGCGGCGGCUGUUCGACAGCGUCCCCAAGCAGAUCCACCUAUUUCUCGUGGAUGGCAUCUGCAAAGGUCUCGUGACUUGGAUGCUGGACACGGUGGAAGAGACCGACGCAGAGGUGACUGGUCGAGGAUGCGCUUUUCCAGCGCAAGCGGAGAGAGCUCGAGAGCUCUCCCAGUUCGAGGAGGCAGCAAACAUUCUCAAAAACGCAGGCGGCCGUUCCAAGUAG